AUGGAGCCGCCUCAGCCCCCGGGGGGGCGCCGGGGCUGCCCGUUGCUGGAGGACAGCUUCACCCGCCUGGCCUCCCAGAGCAACGUCUACGGGCUGGCGGCGCUGGCCGGGGGCGGCCCGGGCCGGGGGGACCCCGAGGGGGGGGCUGGCAGGGGGGCGGAGGGGGGCCCAGAAGGGGAGGGGGCCCCAGAGGGAGGGGCUGGGCCAGAGGGAGCGGGGGGGCCGGGGCGAGCCUGCGGCGAGGGCCCCCGGGGGCUCCUGGUGGCCACCCUGAAGGGGAAGGUGAUUUACUUCCGCUACCAGGAUCUGCGGCAGAAAUUGCGGCCGGUGGCCAGGGAGCUCCAAUUCACCUACAUCCCUGUUGAUGCUGAGAUUGUCUCGAUUGACACUUUCAGCAAGUCGCCGCCGAAGAGGGGUCUCGUGGUGGGAAUAACUUUCAUUAAGGACUCUGGAGAUAAAGCGAGUCCAUUUCUGAACAUUUAUUGUGACUAUGAGCCUGGAUCGGAAUAUAACCUGGACUCCAUCGCACAAAGCUGCUUGAACCUGGAGCUGCAGUUCACCCCAUUUCAGCUGUACCAUGCAGAAGUCCACGUUGGAGACCAGCCAGAGACUGUCUUUCUGCUGAGCGGGAACGACCCCUGCAUCCACCUGUACAAAGAGAACAAAGGCUUGCACCAAUUCGAGGAGCAGCCCGUGCAGAACCUCUUCCCGGAGCUCCAGGAGCUGCCCAGCAACGUGCUGUGGCUGGACGUCUGCAACAUCCCUGGCUCAGGCCGGCGUCUCACAGCCUUCGGGUGCCAGAGCGGCUACGUCCGGGUGGCCCAGGUGGAGCAGGCCAGCAGAGAGGUGCUACAGAGCUGGAGCAUGCAGCAGGACGGCCCCAUCUCCAAGGUCCUGGUGUUCAGGCUGCCGCCCUCCGAGAGCGACCCUGCCCAGAAUGGUAAUGCUGGCAACCAGGGCUACAGCGUUCUCGUCACUAGCACUAUCGAGCUGUCCGUGGUGUACAGGAAUGUCCUGACCCACGGGCUGGCAGACCAGCUGACCCUGCCAGCCAGCGACCAGCAUGACAGCGUGCUCUGUGCCCUGGUGACCGACGUCGAUUUCGACGGAGCGCCUGAGAUACUCCUCGGCACAUAUGGACAGGAGCUGCUCUGUUACAAGUACUGGAGCUCGGGAGCUACCGGUGCUGGUGCAGCCGAGGCCGAAGCCUCGUCGCAGCCCGCUGGGGAGUUCCAUCUGCUCUGGAAGCGGAGUUUCCCCAGCCCCCUGCUGUCCAUGGAGUACGCAGACCUAACCUGCGACGGGCUGUGCGAGCUGGCCGUGGUGUGUCUGAAGGGGCUGCAUGUCCUGCAGCACAGCCUGAAGCAGACGGCUCAGUGCCUUCUGGAGAGGCUUCGGCAGGAGGUGGCACACCGGGCGAACCGCAGCCGCGCCUCCCAGCGGGUGCGAGAUGCUAACGCGGAUGGGGAAGCAGCAGAGGUCUAACUGGGCAUGGCCUGCGCUCGCCACAUCGCAGCUGAUUUCUGGCCAGCCUGCUCGCAGGAGCCUGCUCU